UUUUCGGAAAAUAAUAUUGAAUUUUAUGUAAAAUAUACAUAAUAGGCGUGAUGACAGUUAGUCUUAAACAGAUGCAAAUUCAGUCCUGAUUGCCGAUUGCCUGUACGGAAACUGUUACGCGUAGUUAUGUGUGGAAGAUGUACGAACAAUCGCACACAGCCCACAAAAAGUCGUCGUCUUUUGUAUGUACGUGCUGUGUACGCUGCUGCUAACGACGCUGCGCUGUCUGUUACCGAGUACACAACAUGUAGGGACGACACUAUGUCGACGGCAAGGCAAUCGCAAUUAGAAAAGUGUAAGCGAGAUGACUAUUGCUGCUGCUGCUGCUAGAGACAUUGUGCACAGCCUCAUACAUAUACAAUGCUAACUAGCGCGCGAGCGCUCUCGCCGUUGCGGCAACGACAUUGUCAACUAUAGACGACACAGGCAGAAGCAGAAGCAUAGAGAAAAAAAACCGAACCGAACAGAAGUACCUCCCAUCUGCGUAUAUCUCGGCGCAGCAUCGAUUUUUUCAAAAUACACGCGAUUGAAUUGAAUGUGAAUGGUUGGCCAAAAAAUAAUAAAAAAAAAAGGUGCACCAGCCAGCCAAAAAUCCAAUAGCAAAUAGCAAAUAGCAAAUAUCAAAUACCGACUAUCCAAUACCCAAUACCCAAUACCGAAAACCAAUAUUUGAAAGCUUUCGCCUUAUCGCUGGUCUAGAGCCCCAAGAGCAGAGCCGAAUGCAUUGGAAAAGGAACUGAACCAGAACCAGAACCAAAAGCCGGAGCUGGAGCAUUGGUGUAAUUCAUUGGAAGCUUACACGCAAAAGAAAUGGACACAUCAAAUGCCAGCAGCGCUAAAUCAAAGACGUCUGCGUCGGCCAGCAGCAGCAGUAGUAUCAAUGGAUUAGGACUAGGAUUAGGAGCUCAAAACAAGCAUAUAUCGUCGCAGGAGAACGCUAACGUUGCUGGCCAGGAUGACAAAAACGAUGCCCAGAUCCAGACCCCGCUGGCAGCAUCAGCAGCAGGAGCAGCAGCAGCAGCAGCAGCGGCGGCAGCGGCAACAGCAGCCGGGACAGUCCUGACGGUAGUCGGUCACGACCGGAAUUCGACCAAGAGCACUGCUCCACCUUCGGCACUGCUGCACCUUCCUCCGCCAACGGCCACCGCCUUAGUUAGCCACCAAGCAAGUGCCAACAUCUCGGAGCUGCGGGCACGGCCAUCAUUCGUAUCAAAUACCUCAACGACGGAAGGCAAACCGAUGGCCAUACCCUCGGAAUCGGCCUCCUCCACGUCGGAGCCCAGCUGCCCGUCUGUGGUCGCCGCAUCGAUGGCUCCCAGUGCCUGCGACUUCGACUCCGACACGGAGCUCUCGAUUGUGGCCGCCGCAGCGGCGGUCUCGGCCGCAGCCGGCAUAGAUGCGAGGUCGCCCACAUCGCCCACGCCCUCGUCUGCGUCGACAAUAAUGCCCGCCCUGAGUUCCGGUGCCGGAGGAGGCACUGCAGCCUCCCUCUCCCUCGCGACCAUGGCCGGCAGUCAGGGCGGCGGGUUCGGGGCAGGAUCAGCAGCUGUCGGAGCCAGCAACACGAACGGGCACAGCACCUCCAGCAGCAACAGCACUCACCUUAGUCUAAAUGCCAAGCAACAGCGCCAGCAGAAACGUCGGCGGGAACGUGCCCAGCGUUUGCAAGCGGAACGCGACAGCCGAUGCAAUGCCAGUUCGCUGAGCGGUGGCACAUUCAUUGCCGGAUCUGUGGGGGUCAGUGCCAUGAGUGCAGCCAGUGGUGUGAAUGCAGCCGGAGGAGUAGGAGGAGGAGGAGGAGGUCAGGGUGGCCUCAUCACGCCCAGCGGCGGCAACGGCGGUGGUGGUGGAUCGUCAUCGGUGGCUAUCGGGAACGGUUUGGCGGCAGGACCUGGCAACAAUGGCAUGAUUUAUCACAUCAAUAGCGCUGGCAGCAUGGGCGAGGACAGCAACAACUCGAAUGGCAACUUCACCAGCAGCAGCAAUGGCAGCAACAAUCUGCUGCCCCCCACAGAUAGUAUUGCAUCGUUACUCCUGAAUCCACCACAUUCCCCCGAGUGCAACUCGGGCCUAAUGGCCACGCCUAGUGAUAGCGAAGGAGAGUCGCUGGACGAGGACCUGCUGUCGACAUCGUCCUCGUCGACGCUACUUUUGCCACGCGACAAGCCGCCGCCUCGACCACCACCUCCAGUUCGAAGAAAGUUGCCACGAUCUCCCGUACUGGAAGAGGAAAUCAUCGAUGGAUUUGCUAUACUGGAGUUCAAGACAUACGAGGAUCUUGAGUUUGCCAUCAAAUUGGGACAAAAACGCAAGGAAAAGCGCCUUUCUGCACUGGACGAGCUAACUUGUACCUACAGUAUAGAGGAAAUGAAAAUCCCAAAGGUCAUCGAUACGGGCCAAUCGCAGCAAACAUUGCGUGUCACCAGCCUGUCCACUUUGACUGUUAAUAACAACAACCUGAAGGAAAACCCACAGCCUCUUCACCGUGGGGGCAAUGUCAUUGGCAGCAACAACAUCGCCAGCAAUGGUCCGAAUGCAAACAGCAAUAACAACAGCAGCAUGGCUAACGUGGUGUAUCUGUUGCCAUCUGUGAACAUUGGAUCGGUUCUGGAGACGGAGACCGAACCCAUUGACCGGAAUCAUUGGCGAUCCGAAUAUGGGCAGCAGCAGGACCAAAUGCAAUCCGACAAUAGCGCGAACAGUAAAAGUAAUAUCAUUAGUGAUGAUAAUCAAAUUAACAAUAGUAGUCACCAAAUAAAUCACGCCUCCAACCAAUCAAACAAACAAGCGGACGCCGGUUGCAAUGCGGCAAAGAUGCAAGUGAACAACAGUGCAACUAGUACCAGAUUUUUGGAGAACGACAACGAUUCACUCAUGUUGGAUAUAAGCCUGCCAUCGCUGGGCGUUGGUGCGGCAGCAUCGCAUAAUCAUGACCACAUUGACGUGGCCAUGAUUCACGCCAGUUGCACUGGCAGCGACACCAAAAAAUCUCACAACUCCCCCGCCACAAGUAACACCGUUGACCAAUUGCAUUCGACAAAAUCGCUGCCCUCGCUCCAGCUCAAUAGUUUAAUAUCAAGUGAUCUUACCGCAACUGCAAACGCAAACGCAAAUGCAAAUGCAAAUGCAAACUCAAACAAUAACCACCUGAGUGUAGGCAAGCUUGGAUCACAAUCGGCACAGGUCGCAAAGAAAUCGAACGGACUGGAGAACAUCGAAACCGUCACGACAUCGGCGACCUGCCGCCCGCUGGAAAUUCAGGAAAUGUCUAAUGCUCCAGCGCAGGGUUUUGGGGCCAGUGGCAGUAUAAAAAAGGAGAACGAGCAAAGUGAUCUUUUAAAUGACGCUUCAAUUAAUUGUAGCAGCAACAGCAAAGGAAAUAAUAUCUGUGAUAAUGUCAGCAAUGAUAAAAAGAAUUCUGAACAAAUAUUUGAUAUUGAUAACCCCCCAACGUCUAUGAAUGUUUCAAAUACUUCAACGUGUCAGGAUCGAUCGACUUCUCGCAAGCUAUCCGACCUUCCGCACCUUAAGAAGAAGAGUGCGGCGUGUGGAGAUAAUGGCGCAUUUCCGGGAGUACCUUUUACGCCGUCAUUGAGCACAGUGUCUGUGGGCAAUCCAGAAAGCGAUGCGAGUAAAGCUUUAAACAUAAAGAACACAUCUGAGAGUAGUAUACAAGCCAAAGCGGUUCACGCCGGUGCGUCUGUGUCCACAUCUCCGGCGAUCGUAGGCGAAUCUGGGAAUAGAGAGCUUGGCAUGCUGCAGAAAUCCUCUUCCGAAAAGGCGCAUUAUCCCAGCUUGUGCGUUGCGCCAUCUGUGUCGUCGGUGCAAUUUCCCAACGUUGGAAUAUCUGCUGGAAACGAGAAAAUCGUGUCAACAGUUGCGUCUGAUAUUGAUCAAAAGAUUAUUUUUAAUACCAAGACAAGUGUUUCAAACGGAUUGUCAUCAGGGGUGCAACAACGGUCAAUUGUUCCAUUGAUAUCUGCUGCGCAAUCGCAAUCGCAGUCGCAAUCGCCAGCUACAGCUACUUUAAGCAGUCCAUUUAGCGCACACAUUGCAACACCGAAUGCUGGAUUAUCGUUAUUGACUUCGGCUUCAAGUGUGAUUCUAGGCAGCAGCAUAAAAUCAAAUGAUAACUUUGCAAGAAGUAACAACACCAGCAGCAGCAGCAGCAACAACACCAACAACACCAACAACAACAAUAACAUUGGAAGUUCGAACAGUCAGGGAACAAUAUCAUCGGUCGGUGGAUUAUCUACAGGCUCGGAAACUGCGAAAAUCAGUUCAGUUGCAAUCUCCUCACCGCCCAAUCCCAUUGUUAAUGGCUUCCUUAGUGUUUAUCCGCCUGCAACGAUUGCGACAUCAUCAGUGACAACGAGUACGUUGCCACGUGUUUCGCCCAAUGCAGCCGCCAAUAAACUAGUGCCACCGGUUUCCACAUCCAUUUCGAUAAACACAAACUAUGUUGGAAUUUCUGGUGGCACAACGUCAGCUUCCGGAAUGGGAAAGGUGGUCUUCGGCACGGGCGGCAGUGCGAUUGUCGGCACGGGAUCUCCGUUGCUUUUUCCUGGAGCACCACCUGCCCCCAUUUCUCAUGUUGCCACUGGCGUGCCUAUGAUCAUCCAAGCCCCUCCGUACCGAGCACCCUACACGAACUACCCCCUCUACACUCCAUACAGCGGCCUGACGCACGGGUCGUACCUGCCUCCAGUAUUGCCGGUUGCCACGUCCAACAUACCGCCCACACAGCUCCGCAGCUCGGACAGUCGCAGCAGUCGUGAGUCGCCGGCAGCGUCUUCGAUGAAGGCAGCUUCGUCGAAUAUCGCACUGAAUGUCUCGAUGACACCGACCCUGCGAUCCAUCACGCCACUCAACAAUAGCUGUGCAAUAUCCAGCGGCGCAUCGCAGCCCGUUGUGACGGUGGUCCCUUCGGCGAACUCGAGCGCCGCCCUUUCGCUAAGCAACUCCCAGCACAUGGCCCACUCCCAUCAUGUGCCAGUCUAUGCGACAGGUGCGUUCUCCUCUGCGGCGGCCGGGACAAGUACCCCGAACUCCUCUGGACUAUCUACGCUGGCAGUGACAUCGCUCUCCACGUCGGCUGCUCCACAACCACCGCACUUCCCGCCGGCCAGCCAGAUGCACUCACAGAGUGGAAAUUUCUCGUCGGUGUCGCACUUGCUGACCACGCACUCAAUGCCAGCGCAAAACCAGCCCUUGGUGCGUUGCGGAAACACACUGUAUUCAUCGUCUGCCGCUGCCGCUGCCGCCGCCGCCGCUGCAUCCUCCAACUUCAGUGCCAGCCCCUCGGUGCUCGCCGUUCAAAGUUUAACGACAGCGGUCACGUCGAGCUCGUCAUCACCAUCCACAUCGUCAUCAUCUGUGAUCCAGAAGGUUAUUUCCCCCAAAGGAGAAAGUCCUUGCAACAAAGAUCGGGAUCCCAGUUACAGUACAAAUAUCAGGUCCCACGGUGCACCAGCAAUAUUGCCUGUCGUGUCCCAAGGCAUUGGUCUGGGCUCGUCGUUUUGCGGUAUCCCCCCAAGUCAGUAUGGAGGUACAGGUGCCUCAGUAUUAUCCUCGAGCUCUUCAAUGACGGGACUGGGCAAUCUCCCCUCCUACUCCUCGAAGGCGGCACUAUGGCUGAACUCAUCUGCCAACGCUGUGGUGACGUCUUGUGCUUCCGCAACGCCCAUUGUGUCGAGCGGAAGUGCCCGUCCGACGCCUCCGCUCUCGAACUGCACCAGCAUGGGCAUUGGCAUGGUGAACCCGGCAUCCACGGCGAGAUCCUCCUGCAAUGCCAUAUCGCCGCUGUCCAUCCCCGCAACUGCUGGCAUUCACGUGUCUGCUGCAAAUCCCACUUUCCAGUCGGCGUCGUCAUACUUCCCAACACCUCUAGCGCCGCCACCAUCGUCCCCAUCACCAGCCACUUCCUCCGCGGCCAUCAACAGCUCCGCCUCGCCCUUCCCGGCAGUGUCCCACUCGAUGAGCAGUAUUGUAACGACGGCAGGGGCGACCACAACGACGGCCUCGUCUGUGACACCGCAGCCCACGGCUGCCGCUAUAUCGAACACUGUUGCCAGCACGCCGCAUCCCUUCUCUGCAGAAUCGCUUUUUCAGCCUAGCAAAAAUGAUCAAGCCGAUUUGCUGCGGCGCGAGCUGGACAGCAGGUUCCUGGACAGAUCUGGCUUAGCUGUAACCCCCACACCGCCAUCAUCGACAUAUUUACGAACUGAUCUCCAGCAUCAACAGCAUGCACACGCACUACAUCAGCACCCGCAGCUGCUUCCGCCAGCAUCAGCUUCAUCAACGCCCCUAACAGCCGUGCCGCCCAGCUCUGGACAAAUAUUUCCCCCGCCAUUAUUCAAAGAUCUUUCCAAAAUCUCGUCCGUCGAUCCCCAGUUCUAUCGCACUGGCAUGGGCCUACCAGCGGGCGGCUACAGUGGCUACACCUCAGCGGGACUCUUGCACAGUGGCUUAGGGGGGCCAACGCCGUUCAUGCCUCCCAACCAUUUAACAUCCUUUGCUCCCAAGAAAACUGGUCGUUGGAAUGCCAUGCAUGUGCGUAUUGCGUGGGAAAUUUAUUACCACCAAAACAAGCAGAGCUCUGAAAAGACAGGAUUUCCGACGGCGUCAUCGAGUGCACAAUCGAUCAGCGCCCCCAUUCCUCCGGGCAACCUGAUCAGUGGAGGAGGUGGUGGCAUCGCCAGUGGGUCCAACCCGCCGGUUAACAAUGUGGCAGCCAUCCCUGCGGUUGGAGGUGGUGUCCUAGUCUCAAAUGGGCCGGCCUCUGUGCUUGGUAUCAAGACAACACCACAAAUGGGUCUCAAUACGACACCGCAGCACAUUCUCCAUCGUGCUGGUGAAAUGCCUCCGUCAGCAGCAUUCGCCGGUGGUUUGCCAGGUCGAUUAGCGUUUGAAACGUCUCCCUUGGCAGCGAGUUUCAUUGGAGCUCCUCCUAGUCAUAUAGGAACCGCAGUUUCCCCGUUCGGACGCUAUGGUAAUCCGUUUGGCUUCACAAGCCUAACACAUUUUGGUGGACACUUAGACUCGUGGAGAACAAACGCAAUGCAACGGAGUGUGGCCGCCUAUCACCCCUCCACUGCUGCGGCGUCUCCCAACUGGCCGGUGAAGUCGGAUCCCGGCCUGGACAAUGCCCGUCGCGAAGCGGAGGAGCGGGAGCGCGAGUUGCGGGAUCGGGAGCAGCGGGAACGCGACCGCCAGCGACGCGAGCGGGAGGAGCGGGAGCGCAAGGAGAAGGAGGAGAAGCUCAAGCGGGAGCAACAGGAGCGGGAACGCGAGCGGGAACGUGACCGGAAGGAGCGUGAGCGCGAGCGGAGGGAAAUAGAGCGUCGGGAAAUGGAGCGGGAACGAAUGCUGCAACAGCAGCGGAUAAACGAGAGCAACAAGCAGGCGGCAGUGCAAGCGGCGGCUGCUGUGGCCGCACCUGUGCGCGAUCGCUCGCCGCACCGCAACGUUGGCGAGCUGAACACGGAGAUUCGCAUCAAGGAAGAGCAUCCGCGCACCAAGGACGAGCAGGACGUGAUGCUUUUGCGUGCCUCGGCAGCGGCAGUCGGAGUGGGUGUGGGUGUGGGUGUGGGAGUAGGAGUUGGCGGAGAUCCCCGCUACCACUCAUCCUCGCUGGCAGCCGCUCAGGCCAAUGCAGCUGCGGCGGCUGCCCAUCAUCAUCAUGCCAAUUUCAUGGCAGCUAGUCGCCACGGAUUACCGCCCCCACCAUCGCACCUCACGCGCACCAUGAUGCCGCCCACUUUGAGUGUCGGCGGACCCAUCACGCACUUCGGCGCACCAGCGCCUCCAGGCUGGGGCAUCGAUCCGUACCGCGAUCCCUAUCCCAUUCUGCGCUACAACCCCAUCAUGGAGGCUGCCCUGCGACACGAGGCUGAGGAGCGACAGAAGGCGAUCAACAUCUACGCAGCCCAGUCUGCCGCCCAUUUGCGCAGCAAGGAGCCAAGUCCCAUUCCGCCCUCGGUCGGUUCCCUAGGACCUCCGCCGCCCCACCACCGGAUGCAAAUAGUGACUAGUGUUGGCUCAGCGGGGGUGCCACAGCCACCGCCGAGCCAACAGCAGCAGCAGCCACAGCUCUCUGGUGGUGGUGGUGGUGGUGCAAUGGGAAAGAACUCGGGACCGCCGGCACCAGGAAGCAUUCCAGUCCAGCAUAUGAUCAACGUUGACUCCAUGGGCCAGCAGACUGUGAGCGCCAAGAAGGAGGCGGACCAUACGAUGGGCAUUGUGGCAAACGCUGGACUCAGCACAGUACCUGGCGGUGUAAUUGGAAUAUCUCCAGUGUCUUCGGUGGCGCCAAGUCGAUGAUAAGAAAAUCAAUCGAUCGUAAAUCGUCAUUAGUUGCACUAACCCAAAUGUAAAAGCGAAUAAGACAAAGAAAUUUGCAAAAUUUCGAUCAUCAGCUCCACCAAAAUGUCAUCAUACGCAGAGUCCCAUCCUAAUUACCUCCUCCCAGCAUCAUUUUGAGCCUGAGAGAACACCAAUAAAUGAAGCGCAACGCUUUUGUAAACUAUAAUUCAUGAAUACAUACAUUACAUUAAUUUGUAAAGUGAGGAGAUGCACGAAGAUAAAGACGAUGAUGCAGAUGAAGAUGAAGAUAAAGAUGAAGAUGUUUGUGGCAAACAAAAAUCAAAUUAAAAGAGGUUAAGACUUCCUUAUACUUCAGACCUAGCAUUCAACCUAAGCACUGAGUCCCACAUUGGCAAAAUACUUUCCUCGACCUUAAUAUGGUCGGUCGCGCGUUGAAGCGUCACAUAAGUAAUAUGAACUUUACUUAUUUUUAAUAAAUACAAAUACAAAUUACAUGCAUACAAAUAAAUUUAGGUUCGCAAAUUUAGUUUAAGUGUAUUUGUAUUAUUUGUAUAAUAUAUAAGCUUAAGAAACAGCCACGAGACAUGUUGAGCAAGAAAAGUAAUUAUAAUUUGAUUGUACAUAUACUAUAUAUUAUACAAAGAACUCUCAUAGUUAUAUGACAUCAACAUGCAGCCUAUGGAAUCCAAACUAUCAUGCACAUGAUACAUAACUCUAUGUAUAUCAGUGACAGCUUCAUUCCCUUUGUGCAUUACGUGUUUAAGGAGUAAUUAUCAUAUAUGCAAUUUAUGUAAAAAUUGAUAAAACUAAAAAUAGAAUCAUUACAAAAAACAUGUACGGUUUUUCACUGGCUUGAUGAGAGCGGUUAACUGGUUUUUGCUUAGAACAAUUUUUUUUUUUUAUUCUAGUCUUACUUUAAAAAUAAUAAAUGCUAAACGUUCAUCAUGU